GGGACGCCGAUAAUGAAGUAUACAGCGUGCAGGUACACUAGAGAGAUGCAGGUCCGAUGGAGGCUCCUACAGCAUGGAGGCAGGGUUCCUACAAUAUAGGAUCCGCUCAGCGUAUAUCUCCUAUAUAAGAUCAUUCUCCUGAUUGACCCAUCAAGGAUGGAUAGGGAUGGGGACAAGAUGACAGAGAGUAUAAUAAAUCUCACCCUAGAGAUCCUCCUCCGGCUUACUGGAGAGGAAUACAUAGUAAUGAAGAAGACCUCUAGUGAGCAUUGUCAGGCCCCGGUACCUGAAGGACGGGGAGGAAUCCUGAGCCCAAUAUCCAGGCCGACACCUCCCAUCCCGAUACAUGAGAAAGUCAACAGAGAGAAGAUCCUAGAGCUCACCAACAAGAUCAUUGAGCUUCUGACUGGAGAGGUUCCUAUAAGGUGUCAGGAUGUCGCCGUCUAUUUCUCCAUGGAGGAGUCUGAGUAUUUAGAAGAAUACAAAGAUCUGUACAAGAACGUCAUGAUAGAGGAUCACCAGCCACCAAUUAAAGAAGAGAAAACAACUCCCAGUCUUCUUCUUCUACAGGAUGAGAGAUGUCCCAGUCCUCUUCUUCUACAGGAUGGUUCAGAAGAACAUCAAAGCAUUCCAUAUGAUGAUCAGAUAGAUGGAAAUAAGCUUUUAAAUCUGGGUAAAGAUCUGACCAAUAUUAAGGCUGAAGAUACAUAUGUGAGGAGUGAUGAGCAGACCAUAGAGGACAUUCCCACAGAUAACCACCCAGAUGACUGUACCAGGAUCUCAGAGAAACAUGUGAUGUCAGAUUUUAGAACAGAUGAUUGUGGUGUCACAGAAGACACACAUGAAGAGCGUGCCAUUAUCUCAGACCUAUCCUCAGCCUUUCAGAACAAAGAUCUAUCAUCUGAUCCUCUGGAUGGAUUUCAAUCUUCUGAUUCAUCACAGACUGUUAUUCAAAAUAAAAGCCACAGAAGAAGUGUUCAACAUCAAAGAAGUCAUACAGGGGAGAAUGCUCUUUCAUGCUCAGUAUGUGGAAAAUGUUGUAAAUCUAAAUCAUAUCUUAUGAGACAUCAGAGAACCCACACAGGGGAGAAGCCAUUUUCAUGUUCAGAAUGUGAAAAACAUUUUAACCGUAAAUACCUUCUUGUUAAUCAUGAGAGAACUCACACAGGGGAGAAGCCAUUUUCAUGUUCAGAAUGUGGAAAACUUUUUAACUGUAAAUCAAAUCUUAUUGUACAUCAGAGGAAUCACACAGGGGAGAAACCAUUUUCAUGUUCAGAAUGUGAAAAACAUUUUAACCGUAAAUACCUUCUUGUUAUACAUGAGAGAACUCACACAGGGGAGAAGCCAUUUUCAUGUUCAGAAUGUGGAAAACAUUUUAACUCUAAGUCAAAUCUUAUUAUACAUCAGAGAAAUCACACAGGGGACAAACCAUUUUCAUGUUCAGAAUGUAAAAAACAUUUUAACUCUAAAUCAGAACUUAUUAUGCAUCAGAGAACUCACACAGGGGACAAGCCAUUUUCAUGUUCAGAAUGUGAAAAACAUUUUAACUCUAAAUCAGCUCUUAUUAGACAUCAGAGAACUCACACAGGGGAGAAGCCAUUUUCAUGUUCAGAAUGUGAAAAAUAUUUUAACCGUAAAUCACAUCUUAUCACACAUCAGAGAAUUCACACAGGGGAGAAGCCAUUCUCAUGUUCAGAAUGUGAAAAACAUUUUAACUCUGAAACAAAUCUUGUUAUGCAUAAGAGAAUUCACACAGGGGAGAAGCCAUUUUCAUGUUCAGAAUGUGGGCAAUGUUUUCAGCAGAAAUCACAACUUCUUAUACAUCAGAGAAAUCACACAGGGGCAAAGCCAUUUUCUUGUUUAGAAUGUGGGAAAUGUUUCACUGAUAAAUCAACUCUUGUUAAACAUCAGAAAAUUCACACAGGGGAGAAGCCAUUUUCUUGUUUAGAAUGUGGGAAAUGUUUUACUCUAAAUUCAACUCUUGUUAAACAUCAAAGAAGGCACACAGGGGAGAAGCCAUUUUCUUGUUUAGAAUGUGGGAAAUGUUUUAUUCGUAAAUCGAUUCUUGUUAUGCAUGAGAGAACUCACACAGGGGAGAAGCCAUGUUCUUGUUUAGAAUGUGGGAAAUCUUUCAUAAAUAGAUCAAAUCUAGUUGCACAUCAGAGAAUUCACACAGGGGAGAAGCCGUUUUCUUGUUUAGAAUGUGGGAAAUCUUUUAAACAGAAAUCAUAUCUUACUAUACAUCAAAGAAUUCACACAGAGGAGAAGCCAUUUUCUUGUUUAGAAUGUGGGAAAUCUUACACAUACAAAUCAUGUCUUGUUAUACAUGAGAGAAUUCACACAGGGGAGAAGCCAUUUUCUUGUUUAGAAUGUGGGAAAUCUUUCCAACAGAAAUCAUAUCUUACUAUACAUCAGAGAAUUCACACAGGAGAGAAGCCAUUUUCUUGUUUACAAUGUGGGAAAUCUUUCAUACAGAAAUCAUAUCUUGUUAAACAUCAGAGAAUUCACACUGGAAAGAAGCAAUUUUAAUGUUCAGAAUGUGGUAACUAGAUAUGAGAAAACUUUUAGAAAAAUUAAUUUCUGCAGCUUGGUCAUAGUUCAACAAGAAAUUUGAUUCGUUCCGAAUUAAUUUGUCACAAAUUACUAUUUUAAAACCCCAUUCAGCCUAUCAAUGAGACCAUUUUGAACGCCCCCUUAGACCUGAAGUGCACCCGUCUAACAGCCAUUAAAAUCGCCUCAUCCAUUUGCUCACACAGGGUCUCCUCUCUUGAUUGAAAAAGACCUGCUGAAGGACCUGUGCUUAGUGUGAUGACUUCACCACGUGAUCAUGCUGGGAGAGCAUGGUGACAUCAUCACAUUGAGUGCAGGUCCUUCGACUGGUCUUUUUUAGUUGAGAGGAGCGGACUGCCUCUGUGCGAGCAAGUGGAUUAGGAAAAAUGAUUCGUAAUCAUGAAGCCCAAGGAAAUUUUGGCUUCAUUUAAAAUAAAAUUUUUCCUAAAAUUCAGACUGAAUUCCACUUUGGAUGGUUCGCUUUGUUGAACACUAGUGAUAACCAUAAAGCAGAUCUUGUUAGACAUCGGAGAAUCCACACGGGGAGAAAUUAUUUUCACGUUCUACAAAGGGAUUUUGUCAACUUGCAUUACAAGUUGUAGUUUUUAUGGUGCCAUUUUGGGGUACACAUGACCUCCUAAUUAACUUAUUUUAACUCUUUCUGGGAGAAAGAUGGGGAAAAACAUAAAUACUGUUUAUACGUUAUAAAAUUAGCAGCUUUUAUUUUUAGGCACAAAUGACAUAAGUUUUACUACAUAUAGAAAUAUAAAGGACAACUGAUUAUGCAGGUUAGGCUCAUGGUACACAGUCAUUGAUAUCACUGAUAAUUACGCCAUCCGCCAUCUACAAUGCCUAUGAAAUUAAGGUAUGGACCCACUGCUCACCAAUGUACCUCUUGCUAUCCUACUCUUUUGGGAUUUGAUUCCUUUUGUGCACUGGCUCCUUUUGUUCCUUAUAUAGGUUACUGACAGCAUAACUAGAUUAUCAAUUGUCCUUUAUAUUUAUUUAUGCCUCCAUGCCUAUAUGUAAUAGUGCUAGUUCUACAGAAUAUCCUUAUAAGCCAUAUAGUACCACUAUCUCUGAUGCAAUCUUAUCUCAUCCAUACUUACCUAGUUCUAUUUUUUGGACUUCACAGACUUCUAUUUUCAGUCUCUCAAUCACCAUCGCCUGAAGUGAUUCUACCAUCCUAUUCCUCAGUAUUAUUAUCAAAUUUUAUACUCCUUAUUACUACUGCUGCUAUGUCAUAAUUUCUUACGUCUUCAGCAAUCCGAAAUUAAUAAAAAUUUAUUGAUAAUCUUGUACCUUAUUGUUUAUCAUAAUUAUGUACCCAAUUAUUUAUAUUGUCAUGUUCUUUUGUCCAGGCCGUGAACAAGGUCUAUGUUGGAUCGAAACGUUGGCCAGUGACUAUUUAUGUGGAUGGAUUAAAAUAAUGAAAUAAAAAUAAUGAAAUAAAUAAGAAAUCUGUUACAAAAUUUGUUCACAGUGCUAUCCGUGGUAUCCUAUCAAUACUGUUACCCCCUUUACCACUGUUACCCCCUUUACCACUGAGCUCCGCCUAUCUCCUAGAGGAGUGCCGUUCAAUUCUUUUGUUCACAUGAUUCCCUUAGACUUUAUAUAACUGUGUCAAACAUAUUGUUACCAUUUGUUAAUAAAUAUCUGCAUUUUGG